CGACGUCGCUCUCCAGCCUGAGGAGAAAUGAUCAAGUACGGCUCCAGGAGCACAGUCACGACCGCCGAGACUCAGGACUCUGCCGGGGAGCGGAGAGUGCGCAGGCUGAGACUCACCCUCCACGACAAUGACGUGACCCCAGGGCCAGGGAAGAACACAGGAGCAGCAGAGGGGGAGGAGAAAACUGCCACAAGAAGGAGGAAAAAUGGCUAUAAAUACCCUGACAGGGAGCCUCCUGUGCUGCACCUGUCUGGCACCUCGAGCGGCGGCUCAGCGGAGACCCGCCCGCAGGGCAAGGUGUUUGGAGUUGUGCGCAGGAAUGGCACGGACACGGGCAGCCAGGAGGAGGUGGUGGCGUGUGAGUGGUCAGUGAAUCACCUGAGGCAGGAGAUGAACUACAUCCGAGAGGUGAGAGAUUCUCUGGAGAAGGUGAGGCAGAGGAUGUAUGGAGAGUUCGGGGGCAUGCAGCAGUCUAUCAAAAAACUGUCCCAGGAGAUCAACGUUGCCAAUUCGCAGCAGCAGUCGUUGCAGGCAGAAGUGAACGUGAAGACGGCUGCUUUGGAAAGUUUCGACCAGAUGAACAGCUCCCUAAUGUCGGCCACGAUUGAUUUGCAGAAAUCCUUGCUGGAGAGCUGCCUGGACCGCACAGAGAUGAGGGAGGAGAUGAGGGGCCUGCGGCUCUCCUACAACCAGGCGGUGGAGAGACUGAAAGAGAAGGGGAGGCAGCUAGAGGCGGCACAGGCCGAGAACGAGACUCUCAGGCUCAAGAUAGAAUCCUCACAAGAAGCCAACUCCCAAGUCCUUCAAGACAUGACCCAGAAGCUGUACAGAGAAUAUGAAGAACAGCUGCAGGAGGAACAGCGAAAACACAGAGAAGAGAUAGAGGUUCUCCAGGCGAAAAUCGAUGCUUAUGUGAGGCAGAUCGAGGAAUGCAAUGAGAAAAUGAAAGCGAUGGAGGCUAAGAUCACGGAGAGGGAUCAGAGGAUCAGCGAGCUGGAGAGACUCAUUGACUGUAUGGAACAGGAAAGAGCCCAGCUGCUCGGGAAGCUGCAGGAGUGCGAGGCACGGCUGCACCGGCUGAGACAGGCUGACCAGUUCGACUCGGACGCGGCCAGGAGGGCUCUUCAGCUCGAGCAAGAGAGAUCGGGCCUGAAAGAACGGAUCAAGCAUCUGAACGACAUGGUUUUCUGCCAGCAGAGGAAAGUGAAGACCAUGAUUGAGGAGGCUGAAACAUUGCGGUCCAGGGUUGUGCAAAAGGACAUGUACAUCACAGAGCUGCUGGACAGAAUUGCUAUUGUGGAAUGUGAGAAUAAUGAGCUCCAAGACAAGAUGAAUUAUUUACACCCUGACCAGAAUGGAACAGAGAAACAAGUGCAAACAAGAGAAAUUGGAGUGGGCUGUGAUCUGCUUUCAAGGUUACCACAGAAGUCUUGUGGCUCUUCGGCUGGGUCCUCCUCUCCCAGCCUGUCGUCGGGGGCUGUGUCUCCCCUCCCUCUUGCAGAGAGGAAGCUCAGAGACAGGAAGCACCUGGAUGACAUCACAGCGGCCAAACUACCCCCUCUUCAUCACACCCCGACGCAGCUCCUGUGUCUGGAGGAGUCUGCUGCCCUUCAGCAGGAGCAGAAGAAGAAGUAUGAGGGAUUGCAAGCCAAGCUUGCUGCACAGAAACUGUCUGAGAAGUUGAAUGUCAAAAUGGUGAGCUACAGCCCUGAAGGUGGAGAGCUGACAAAGUACAGAGAGUUCCACGAUGAUGGAGCCACUCACUCUUCAGAGGACGAUUAGAUCAGAAGAAUGCGCCGCUGGUCUUUUGACUGCCACUGUUUUCUCAGCCUUGUCGGCAACUUGAGAUGUUUAGUUAAUGCUUUUUGGCAUUUAAUGGAGUGGACAUGUGAAAGGUGAUCCAUAAAGUACCUAAGUGGGCUUAGAAAAGUGCACAGUGUUGCACUCUGAAAUACCUUAACGUUUUAUAUGAUCUUGGGUCCUAGUGCAGUGAAAAGGAGGAGCAACAGGCUGUCCCCCUUUAAAGCUGCAAGGUCUGCUGGUCUUCUGCGUCAGCUGUGUUUAUGUAAUUUGUUAAAAUUCCUGUUCUUGCUGUGUCUUCGGGCUCUACAGGCACUGAAGCCAGCAAAGCUCUCUCUCUAUAGGAGCCUUGCUGACAACAUCCAGCUAAUAACACGCGAAAAUGUUGUGUUAUAGCUGUGUGUAGGGAUCCCAGAGCUGUCUGAUUCCUUGUGGAACUUUUUCAGUGACCUGAUAGUACGUCAUAGUGUUUCUUUUCUCUUGGAUGUCGCCACAUAUUGUGAUUGCUGUGAUAUCUGCAGUCCAGGGGGUGAUUGGUUUUUAUCCCUCUACCUCAGAAUGUUUGUGUGUGUUUUAUCCUGCAGUAUCCUGAUCCAUGAAAUCUUUCUGAGGUUGUCUUUGCCCCUUAUCAAAACAUGGCUUCUUGCUCAUUCCCAAAUUAUGGAUUAUUUGGGCUGUCCUUUUCAAAUGAUGGUAAAAGAUAUGUGAAAUGUUUGUCAUGUGUAGAAUAACUAAAUCUGAAAAUGCUGCAAUUUCAAAGAGAACUGUAUCUACUGGAUGAUAAUUCAUAAGUAAAGUAUUUUUUUACAAAGCCUUUUGUAUUGCCUUUUCAGAGGGAUAAUUUAAAAUAAAGUCCUACUGGUACUUUUGCUAUUUUACAUUUUUUAUGUGUUGUGGCAAUAUAGUGUCACAUCACUGCUGGAGGAGUACUUAAAGCUUACACAUUAUUUUAUUUUGCAUUAUUUUGUUUAGUCUUUAUAUUUUAUUUCACUUUCAUUGGUGUAAAAACGGCAACCAAUUUAUUAUUACAGAGUUUUCAGAAAAAUAAUUAUAUGUACCUUACAUUAAUAGAUUGUUUCUCAUUUUGUUAAGAUAAAUAUUUGCUUUCUUGUUGUGUUUUCACAUUUCAAUUCUUAUAUGGGUGAUGUAUCCGUUAGGGCUGCAGCUUUUCAGUUUUGUUUCUGGGUGCGAGUUGAUUCUGCACUCAGUUUAAUUGCAAACACCAGUCCUUCUGUUUGGAGUUUGCAUGUUCUCACUAGCUAUAUGUGUUGUUUCUGAGUUUUGCCCCCUACAUUACAAAGACUUGCUGGCUAGGUUAAUUGUUGUCUUUAAAUUGUCUAUGUGUGUAUCCUGCGGUAGGCCGGUGUCUCACCUAUGGUAUAGUCUAUGCUUGAAACCUGAGUUGGUCAGGUUAGGCUCUGACUCACUGCUUCUCUCUGUAGGAUAAAUGAGAUAUGAAUAAAGUAUGGGUGGAAAUCUAUACAUGUAUAAAAGAUUGUAAAGGUCCCUGAAAUAUAUGUCAACUUUUCCACUUUUGUGUAAGUCUAUGAAAUAAUGGAACCUAUAGUAUUUACUCAGUUGAAGAAUACAUUUAACAUUAAAUUCAUAUUUAUUAAGCUUAUAAAUUUUAGCAUAAGAAUGAACAAAUGGUUAUUGUGAGACAUGGCUCUGUUUAAUGUGUCUCAAUGUGUUUUUUAUGUUUUGAUGAGUUGAACCAUAAUUUAAAUGAGGAAAUCAUUUUUUUAACAAUUUGUUAUAACCAAUAACUUGGGAAGAUGAGGUAUAGAUAGUUGAUGAAAUAUAGAAACCCUGGAUAAAAUCAGGCGACUUGCUGAACUUGUACAUCUGGAAUGGAUUUAUGUUAUGUUUCUUCUUCUGCGGCCUUGCCCUGAUUAAAUCGCUCCUCACGUGAGGCCUGUAGCUGAUGGUGAAAGGCUUGCUCUGCAGAUAAGGCAGCUCACGUCAUCAUCCCAACAAACCUGCACGUUUAUUUCCACUCUGACAUCAGCAGAUUUCUUUAAUAAGCCUGUGCCAGGAAUUUUAAUGAUGGGGGGGGGAGGAAAAAAGAACUUCAAAGAUGAAGUGGAAAAAAAAAUGGAAUAUAAUUUAGGAGAGAUGCACAGUGAUGCUCUUUGAUAACCUCUGAUAAUUGGCACUACGGCAGUGUGGGAGCUGCUUAAAUAAACAUCUGGACGCUGUGUUUAGACAUUUCGGGUGACAGAAUCCAGACAAAUCUCCCCAACUUCCAACAAUAAAUAUUUCAGCAAGCUCCAAAAGGAUCUUCCUCGUACUGUUCUUAAUUAUCUCGGUUACAUAAAUAUAGUGACUGUUACCAAUUUAAGUAUAAGAUUUCUUUUGAAGUUUUUAGCAUCCGGCCUGUGCCAUUGCUCGCAGGAUAUGUGGCUGGGUUUGAAGCAGAUACAGCCAAAGCUUUUAAGUUUUCAUCUUUCAUAAAAUUCCCAUUUUAUCUGAAAGUUCUCCCUCAGACAUCUCUUCGUUAUGGAUGCCUACUUUUUCAAAAUCUGUGUAAAGGAAUCUGAAAAACUCAUCAUUCUUGGCAUAAGUUAGAUUCUGUUCACUUUUCACUUAAGAUGAUGAUAAUAAAGGUGUGCAUGUGUACUUCUCAAUGCUGAGAACUGUUACCAUAUUGAUUUUGGUAGUUUUAGACCUCUGUAUAAAGGCUUUAGCCCACAAUUUGGUGUAACAUAUUUACAUGUAAGUGUAGCCACACAAGUUGUUACUUAAUCAGCUUUUUGACAUGAUUUUCAAACUCCCCAAAUCAUGAACUAUUCUUUUUGCUACUGUUUUUGAUCAAAAUGUUCACUCAGGGUUUUUGUCAGCAUGUUUCUUUUUCAUCGGUUACUUAUUUUAAUCAAGCUGUAAACUUGUAGCCAUUAGUUUUCAGGGUGAAUUAAACAGUGCAGCUGUAGUUUCACUGUAACUGAUAAUGCAAAUGAAAGUUGUUCGUAAACUGACCUGCAUGUGGUUUAGUAUAACUGUGGGACUGAAAACAGCCUGGGGAGCAAUGAUAAUAAUUUUUGUUUAAAACCCUAGCUGGAGCAUACAUGACAGAAAUUUGAUAUAUAGCCUUUAGUAAAGCACAAUUUGGAUUCUCAGUAGCAUGACUACAUUAUCUGUGCAUUUAGACCAGGCGGUCUUGGGUUACACUGUGAGAUCAUUAGGCUUUUUUUCCAAGCACAGAGGAUAUGAAAUAAUUCUGCCCUCUAAAUCAUGAGCAGGCUUCUGAGGUUUGGGUUUCACUUCAUCUCCCAAGUCCAAUUAAAAUUGUGGCUGUCGUUUUUAACUUGGUUAUAAUUGAAUUACGUUCUUAAGGGAUUUGCUUUUCUAAUAUUGUGAUUAAUGUUUCCUUUAAAAAAACAUUUUAGUUAAUUUGCUGCAUAUAGUGUUUUAUUUUUUCUGGGAUUCAAGCAAGAUCCAGUUUCAUAAUAAAUGUAUAUGUGAGACAGAAAUAUAUAAUACAUCUUUAGAGAUCAAACUCAACUGCAAAUUGCUGGCUUCGUUGCUUAGAUAACAUUAACUGUAUUAUUUGCUGCAGGUUAGUUUUGUUCUGAUUGUCAUUAUUCGAAUUAUUUUUAGUGGUCCCAGAUGCUGCGGUUAAUUAACAGCAUAGUUCCCUAAAGCAUUGUCAUACAGAGGCUUCUCAAUGGAACACGACAGCACGAAGAGCAAGAAAAAAACGUAUCUCACAGUAACAUACAGUAUCACCUCUUAAACAACAUAUUCAAUACAAAAUGCGGAGUGCAGUAUUUUCUCACACUGCAGGGUCUGUAUUGCAUGACCCAGUGUCCACUUCUGAGUCUGGCAGGCUUCAGUUUGUCACGGGGCGUUUCCGAAGGAAGAGAUGACAGACUUGUGCCAACUUGGAAAAGCUGCGAUCAUUCACUAAUAAAUUCAAGAGUUUCACACACUUGAUUGCAAGUAGUGUUUUUUCAUCUGAAGUCAGCCUGCUCCGGCAGAACCCACAAGUGCCAUCACCUUAUUAAUAUCCUUGUGCUCUGAUUGUCUUUGGUAAAUCACAUCCUCAUUGUCUGAUUCUGAUUGCGUGUAAUUUAAUUACUCAUCACGUUGCGUAAUCCAUACCGCUCGGUAAAUCUGGCACAUUCAUGCUUGAUGACACUUGAGAAAAAAGGGUCUGGCUAAAAUAUACCUUAUGGAUUCCUCUGGGUUUCUCUGUCGCGUCCUCCUCAAAACAAAGUUUUUUGUAUUAUGGAGGCAUAGAUGAAGAAAAGCUAUUAGUGCCUUUAAUUUGUCUUUGGUCUGCUCAGACAUGCAGGCUGUGGAGGUGGAAAUGUCUGAUUACUGUCACAUUUUACAGAGUAAUCUCAGAGAACCUGGCAACUGUAUCUGUUUAAUAGCUCUUCAUGUCUAGGUAUAUGAGUGACAGUCAAAGCAAUAUAUAAUAUUACUGUUUUCAUGCUCUGUGGUUAUGUUAAAACAGAUCCCUGAAUCUUGUUUGGCAUCUUUGAAACCAAGAAUAAAAUGGAUGUUGUUGAUAGGAAGACCCAAAUAACAUAAAUGUCACAAGGGUAUUAUUAUGUCUGCUGUGGUAGGUAAAUUUAACCUCCUGUAGAGCUUUCACUCCGUACUAUGAUCUGUAUAAUUUUACUAGAGUGUCUGGUUUCAUCUUUACAUUGUUUGGGAUUAGGAUUUCUUGCAUAAUAAGACACAUUGGCAUGAUAAAACAUCCUCUCACAGUCAUCAGUCUUUCAAUACAGUGUCCCUAUUGAAUUACCUAAAGGAAGUGAUCUCAAACAUGUAUACAGUAGAUAAGAAUUUAUAGCACCUCUAAUGUAAUAAAUGUUUGAUCUGCUUGUAUGAGCCUGUCAUUCAGCAUUCUGUGUGACAUGAACCAGCAUGUUGCAGUUGAGGAAAAUAGUUUAUAUUGAUUAGAAUAAAAAAGCAGAGCUUGCAUGUCUGCAUUAAUAUGGCAAUGUUGAUUUUAUUUUUGCCAUUUAAAAAUAAAAGUCAAAUGGCUCAGAUGAAUUAGCCCCAGUCCUUUCUCUAUGCUGAAAUAAAAUUCUUACACAUAAAUAAUGUCGACAGUGUAGUCUUUUAUAUUAGUAUAGCUGCCAGACAAGGGAACUGGUCUCCCUUGUAAUAAGCUAUAGUUCAUUCCACUAAAUAUUUACUCUUCAUGAUGUAGCAGUUAAAAAAAUGCCAGGCACAAAAAGGUUGAGAUUCAGUGCAAGGGGUAAAAUGCCAAGGAAGCUUGUUAUGGCAUUGCCACACAUGUUAACAGUGAUUUUGGAGACCUAUUCUGUACUGUGGGUUUUAGACUGAUAAGGCAGAGCACCCUGACAGACCUGGUUUAUCUCCGUGAAACAAUCAAGGAGGCAAGGGUGACAAGCUCAGCACAGGUACUUAAAACACACAGAGAAUAAUAAUGAAGAUUAGCAUUUUGCUUAUGUGAUUUCUAAUGUCUUCAGUAUGGAGGUCACAUACUUGAUGGCCACAUGAAAAUGAAGUCAUUAAACAGCUGUUCCUUUAUCAGCACCAUGUGCUCUCUUAAUAGUCGGGAUUCCUGCCUGGCAUGUUAUUUUUUUUUGUCAGAACCUCCGGUGUCAGUUGUGGACUAUGUUACAGCCAAAAACACUUAGAUUCACAGAGCAAUGGAUGAGCUGUAACAUGUGCAUUUCAAAAAGCUGUGCUCUAUGCUCCCAGCAGGCUCUGUAUACAUAGUGCUGACGUUUAUAUACAAGAGAGAGAACCUUGUGGUAGGGUUUUGCCUUUAUUUUCACAAUUGUCGCUUCAAUUCAAGUGAACACUUUGAGGUGUCUUCAUCCAGAAUCAGCCCAUUUGCACUUUUGUGUGUCUGACUUUCUAAAUAAAUGCUUUUCCCAUGUUCUGAAACUGGAAUUCAAGCACCUUUCCAAGUCAGUUUUCACACAGACUUGUGCUCCUUAUUCUUUUCAUUGCCAGAAUGAAAUUAUCCAGUUUCUUUGACUGAGGCUCAGUCCUCAUAUGCCACAGUAUUAGUCUGACUUCUCUCAUCUGGGUGCUGCCAGCCAGGGGGCACCUGUCAUAACUGGCCAUCCUUACUGGGCAAAAUGACCUCUUCUUGUCUGUCAUGGACCCCAUUUACUACUGAGAUUUUUCCUUUGAGAAUAACCUUGGAUUGCGCCACAGGUGCUGUCUCAAGCUGUCUCAUGCACUGUUGUUGUAUCUCUUGCACCAGAUGGUUGAUCCACCAUCCUGCAACCUUACAGUUUCAACCAUAACCCUGAUGUGGGAAGCCUAUGAGUACAGUGCCUUGUUUAAGGCAGGCCCAGAGACUGCUGUAGCUAAAGAGUCCUUGCCUCGCUACUACCCUGACAGCUGAGACUGGAGGCAGUUUGAUAUCAUACUCAGGACAUGUAUUAUAUACAGCCUGUACAUUCCAGAGUGUAACGUAGCUGAAUGGUUAAGCUGAAGAAGGUUCCAAGUGACAAAGUUGGUGAUCAAAUUUAGAAUUGUUCCCUCUCUUUAUCCAUUUGCUGCUGCAAGAAUCUGGAUGUCAUCUUUGAUCCAAAACUUGCAUUUGAAAUGUAGGUUAACAGUGAUAGAAAGGUGUCCUUGCAUCUUCAUAGCAUUACUUAAAUCCAUUCAUCUCUAUCCCAAGCUAACACAGAAAGCCUAAUGCAACAUGUAUUUUUCCAGGCUUAAUUAUCAGUAUGCUUUUUUUUUUUAUUUCCAGUGCAUUCAAGCAUUUUCUUCUGUACAGAACUCCAGAUCUUAGCUAGAACUAAAAUACAUCAGCAUAUAUUACCCAUUUAAACUUCCCUGGGCUGCCUCUCUGUGCAUUUCAGAAUACAAUUCCCCCUACUGCUGCUCACCUUCAAGGGCUCAAACAGUUUGGCUCCUGACUGCAUUGAACUAAGUGUACACCUGCACAUCAUUUGUCCUCUUUAGAUUCUGGCCUUCUCUCAGUUCCCAGAGCUAGUCUCUGAACACUGGGAGAACAUGCUGGCUGUUGUGAUACUACAAGGCUUUGGAAUGAUGUCACCAGUCCAUAUUAAAUCUACAAGUCAGUUGGCGCUUUCGCAUUCUGAUUUAAAACUGUCUCACGUGCACUAGCACUAGCAGCUGUGCUUUUCAGUGGUUGGUAAACAUAGGGAAGAUGACUUGCAUGUCAUUUUGUGUUUCUGUACAGUAGCUAUAACUGACCUCAUGCUGGGGAACACAUGAGAUAACUUAAUUAAUGCAGCCUGUUUGACUGUGGGACUGCAGUACUGGGUGAAGCAAAUUCAUUUCCACUUAUUACGGCCUUGUAGUCUACAAGAAGCACAUGCAGUUACAACCGUUUUACACUAGAUGGCAAUAAUGCAAUGCAGAGUACUCAACUAGACAUCUUCGUAGACAGUAAUGACACAUUGGCUACAGCCAUCCAAAAAAAAAAGACAAAAGCAGAGCAAGAUAAUAUUAGUAUAACUACUAUUAAUGCUUAUUCGCACUUAUUUAUACUUAUAUCCGCAUAGUGCUUUCAUCCCAACGAGCUGAAUAUAUUGACCCUUGGGCUCAGUGCUGUGAGGUUUUAUUCCAUACUGAUCAUUUUUAAAUAGCAGUUUGAGAUGAAUGCCACUCUACAUUCUGAGGGUGUUUGUCAGUAGGACUGCGCUCUCAUUUUCUUCUUUUUACUGUCAUUUUACACAGAUGAUUUUGGUGCCAGCAGACGUUGGUGCUCUCUUUCAAAAUGUAGAAAAGAGUUCUAAGUUCGUUCUAGGUGAGAAUCAGAUUGUUAAUCUUAUUGCAUUUUUAACCAGGGCGUUGUCAUUUUUACCUGGUUUUAUUCCCCCACAUAGAAAACAGAACUGUUUAUGCUAUCACAAUGGAAUUUUCCACCUUACAACAUUUCCAAAGUGUUGCAUUCUUUCUGCAGAAUUCACAAAACACAUGAGCAGUGUGUGGAUAAUUUCCUAGUCCAUAAUGUAUUUGCAAUAAGUAACAAAAAUCAUUUGAAGCAUUUCCCAUUAUGUAAUGUGGUCACACUUAAGUAAAAUUGCAAGAAGUUCUUUAAUAGGAGUUCCACUCUUUCAGGUGCAGUAGGAACAUGCUUUAGUUUAGACUCCCCUUUCACAUUCACCUGCUUUGUCUGUUAUCAUUUUUUUUAAGUUUCCAACCUGCUUGGGUUCCUCUCUGUCCGGUUCUGUGGCUGUACCUGGUCUGCUAUGGGGAGUUAAAAAGUAGAGAUGUGAAGCUGGAAAGACAGGGCCAGCAGAAACGAGAACGCGCUUCACACUGCCGUUCUGCCAGCCUUUCAUCCCCAGCGUGAAGGACUUUGCACAACAAUCGCGGGCCGCCUGUUGUAAACCGGCGGAGCUCUUCAGCCUGAGAGAGCUAGCGAGGUGCCAGGGUCUAGGCAGCUCCAACCAUCAGCUGGCACAACAUGAAGCAGGGCACUUCUGGGACCUGUCAAAACCUCAUCACUUAAAGGAAGCCGGCAUUGCGGGGCAGCUGAAGCAUUGCCAAGGCACGGCAAGGGAGAGAAACCAAAGACUCCAGCCCCACAGUCUCCGUGUUAUAAGAAGGAGGAAACGUUCCCCUCUGGUACUCGGAUUGUUGGAACAAAAGUCCAUUUUUUUUCCCUCCCUUUUUUGUUUUUGAGCUGUUGAUGGGUGUGUGCUUAUUGUUACUUCACAAUAAAACCUGGUAUCCUUC